AUGAAAAAAAAUAUUCCAUUUACUUUCCUUCUUCUUUUACUACCAUUGUUGUUCCUUUUUCUUUUUCUUUCUUCAACCUCCUGUUUACAUCUAUCUUUUUUUUUCUUCGCCUUCUUCUCUUUUAAUACAGUUAUUCUUUCCUUCAUUUUUCUUCACCAUUUUUUCUUCCCUUACUUCAUAUUGCAAACUUCCCUUUUCUUUCAUUUUUUUUUCAAUCUUCUUUUCGUUCGUUUAUUUUCUAUCUUCGUUUUUACUUGCUUAUAUUUUUAUCUCUUUUUCUUAUUUGCUUCAUCCCCCACUUUCGUUUUUUUACGUAUUUCUACCAGUCUUGCGAAAGGACAACAGAAAGAGAGGUCACAGUGGGGGCCCAGACACGCAUUAACAACUGCUAACCCCUGCUCCACGCAAUGUUUCCUUUCCCAUCGUCACUUCCUGUACACCCCUUACAUAUCUAUCUAUCUAUCUAUCUAUCUAUCUAUCUAUCUAUCUAUCUAUCUCUCUCUCUCUCUCUCUAUAUAUAUAUAUAUAUAUAUAUAUAUAUAUAUAUAA